UUAUAUUGCAUCAUAGUGUGACCAGCUGACGGCGGCUCGCUGGGUGUGAGGUGUGAGGCUCCCUGCUCACCCUCCUCACUUGCCUCAUUACCUGCGUCCUCCUGUACCUCCCUGUACCUCUUGUGUACCUCCCUGUACCUCCUGCGUAGUGGUGGUGAUGGCGUCGUCAAGGCCUGGGGCGUCGGAGUCGGCGUCGGCCGGCGUCUUCCAGGCGACGUGUCGGGCCUGCACAGACUUCAAGUCCUGGAUGGCCAGCCAGAGGCCAGCUGCAGCCGACAAGCUGGGUAAGAUUAAGAGUGAAUCUACAGCAAGUACCUAUGGGAGGGUGUCUGAGAAAGAGGAGACUUGUGAGCGAGAGUCUAGUAAUGCAGCACACAACAGUGAGGAGGGCAGCUCAAGCCAGGCAUCAGCAGAGAGAACUGCAGAAGGCAGUAAGGUAUCAACAGAUGAAGAGGAAUUUCAACCUUUACUUUGGGGAAAUGCAGCUAAAUAUGGGUGUCCAGCAGAUAGUAUAUCUCUGGGUCGAGGGUCUUGGCGACUAUUGCACUCGAUGGCAGCUUACUAUCCCACCCAGCCUACUUCCCAGGAGCAAGAUGAUAUGAAAACUUUUAUUUCCCUCUUCUCCAAGUUCUACCCUUGUCAACCUUGUGCUGAAGAUCUUAGAGAAUGGUUGAAGACGCACUCUCCAGCUGUAGAGUCUCGCUCCAGCUUAUCGCAGUGGUUCUGUGAAGCCCACAAUGAAGUCAAUAGGAAGCUGGAAAAGCCAUUAUUUGAUUGUAAUUUAAUUAAUCAGAGGUGGAGGGAUGGUUGGACUGAUGGCUCAUGUUACUAAUAUAUUGUAUAUAUAUAUGCUUGGAAAAAUUAAAAUAUAUUUAGAAAUUGUAAAAAACUGAAGGUCUCUUCUUUACACUAACAAAAUUUGUAAAAGGUUAUAUAUCCUACAGCUUACAGAAAAGUACAGUUAGUACUUGUGCAUUAUUAAGUUUGUUAGACUGUAAUUAGGAAAUAUAUAAAUGGAAGAAUGCAGUUAAAGUACUAACUAGCUUGGGGACAUGAGAGAUGAUAGCUGCUCUCCUAGCUACUGUACUGUUGCUCAUCAUAAUCUUCAGUAUCAGCUCACAUUCCACAUUGUAUAUCUAUUUUUAUCUCCUAAUGUUUUCAUUGAACAGUACUCUUCUCAUGUGCUGGAAAUAGCAUAGACCAAAGAUGUGAAGAAACCUUUAAUAGCUAGGAUAUAUGGAGAGAACAAAUAAUGUUAGACUUGGUGAAAUACCAAGCGUACAAUAAAUUUGUAGAUUAUAGUUACCUGUAACUGCUUUAUCAGACCUAUCAAAUUAACAUAGCUAGUGCUUGUAAUGGGUGAGAGGAUGUAGGAGAGGCAAAAAUACAAUUACAGUACAAUUGAUUUUCCUUUGUUUUUAAAUUUAUGUCUCAUACUGGUGGCUUGCCUCGCUCUCCACGCUUUAUAAGCACUAGCCCUGUGUUUCUCUGAGAAAAUCCUCUCUGGCAAAACAUUACAAAUAAAGGCAACUCUUAU